AUGUCGCCCUUCAACCUCGAAACCUGCGCUCGCCCCAACAUCCUCGCCCUCCAGCCCUAUCGCUGCGCGCGCGAUGACUACAAAGAUGACGGCACCAACAUCCUCCUCGACGCCAACGAAAACGCUUACGGCCCGUCCCUGCCGACCUCGUCCUCCUCCUCGCUCGUCUCCCUCUCCGGCCUGAACCGCUACCCCGACCCCCACCAGCACGAGCUCAAGGCCCUCCUGUGCGCCCUACGCAACACGCACGCCCACACACCCAAGACCAUCCGCCCCGAGAACCUCUUUGUCGGCGUCGGCAGCGACGAGGCCAUCGACGCUCUCCUCCGCGCCUUCUGCGUCCCCGGCCGCGACAAGUGCCUCGUCUGCCCGCCUACCUAUGGCAUGUACUCCGUCUCGGCCCAGGUCAACGACGUCGCCCUCGUCAAGGUGCCCCUCCUCCCCGCCCCGGGCUUCGGCCUCAAUGUCGAUGCCAUAUCGCGCACCCUGACGGAGGACGAGCACAUCAAGCUCGCGUACCUCUGCUCCCCCGGCAACCCUACCGGCGCCCUGCUCGCCAAGGCCGACAUUGAGACGCUCCUGCGCCACCCGACCUGGAACGGCGUCGUCGUCGUCGACGAAGCGUACAUUGACUUUGCGCCCGAGGAUGCCUCUCUUGCCGAGUGGGUCGCCGAGUGGCCCAACCUCGUCGUCAUGCAGACCCUCUCCAAGGCGUUUGGCAUGGCGGGCAUCCGUCUCGGCGUCGCGUUUGCCAGCGAGCCCAUUGCGCGCAUCCUCAACAGCAUGAAGGCCCCCUACAACAUUGCCAACCCGACCUCGGAGCUCGCGCAGGUGGCCGUCGGCCCAGAGGGUCUGGCCGUCAUGCGGCGACACAGGGCCGAGAUUGUGCGGCAGCGCGAGCGGCUCGUCGAGGAGUUGCCGCGGGUCGACGGCGUCGGACGCCUGCGCGGCGGUACGGCGAGCAACUUUUUGCUGUACGAGAUGUUGGAUGCCCAGGGGCGACCGGACAACGCGACGGCGCUUGCGGUGUAUGAGCGUCUCGCGGAGAACCGCGGCGUCGUGGUCCGCUUCCGGGGCAAGGAGCACGGGUGUCUGGGCUGUCUGCGCAUCACCGUCGGCACGGAGGAGGAGGUGACGCGGUUCCUGGGGUCGAUCAAGAGUGUCCUGGCCGAGGUCAGGGGGCUGAAGCCGGAGGAGGACGAGGAGGCCAAGGAGAAGGCCGCUAAUGGGGUGAUUGCAUAG